AUGGCGCCCUCAAUGGUGACCAUCGAUACCAACGACGAUUUCGCCAUGGACGCUCCAUCGCAACCCCUCGAUGCCCCGCGCACUCUGCUGCUCGCUCCCCCCUCCAUCGCGGCCCACGAGGAAAAGCUGCACGCCCUGUUCACUACCUUUGAUCGCCAAUCCACCGAUCUGCAGAUGCUAGACCGCCUCUCUGCCGGCAUCGUCAAACUUUCUCCCAACAUAUACUCACAUGUUCACAUUCUCACGGACACCGACGGCUCCCGACGCUCCGAGGCUCUGCAAUUGCUGACUCGAGAUGUGUACACCGCUCUUGUACCGGCCAUGAAGCCUGGCGCAAAGUUGCAGACGCAAGACAAGCCCUUGACGGCGGCGGACUCGAUGGAGGCCAUCAUGGCCGGGUUGGUGCAGAAUGAGACUGGGUUCGAAAAGCCAAACUUUGAGCAAGCCUCGGCGGUGCCCUUGAAGUUGGGCGGUCGCAAGAAGAAGUCGCCUGGUUCAAUGGGCAUUCUGGGUGGAUUUGCGGCUGCUGAACCCGUAGCUCCCAAGACUGACCGCGCGGAGCAAGAUGACGAAUUGAUCAACGAGGAUGAUCUCCUUGACGAAGAGGAUUUCACCCGACCAAUCGUGCCCCCCCCCGAGUGUCAACCCAAGACUGGCCGGAGGCGACGCGCCUGCAAGGACUGCACCUGCGGUCUUGCCGACCGUCUCGAAGCCGAAGAUCGCGAGCGUCGAGCCAACGCCGACAAACAGUUGAACGUUCUCAAGUUGCAAUCGGACGAUCUGGCCGAAUUAGACUUUACUGUCCAAGGCAAACAGACCGGUUCUUGCGGUAGCUGUGCUUUGGGCGAUGCGUUCCGCUGUGCAGGCUGCCCUUAUCUCGGUCUACCGGCUUUCAAGCCCGGGCAGGAAGUGCAAAUUUUGAACGAUGUCGCCCAAUUGUAA